UGGUGACUCGGACUGUCAUUCUGACAAACAUCUACUUUUCCGUCGCACGGAAGAAAUUAUGGCAGGUUUGCAACUACAUGAAUAUGAGUGAACGAGUUUGGGUAAAAUUAAACAGUAAAUGAGUUUUUGUUUUAAUUUUCGGGUGUACUGUCCCUUUAAAGUUGCCCCCUUCUUCCUCCGUAUGUUUGCUUCAGGAGGAAGUACUUCCAGCCAGUCCCACACUGUAGGACGAGAAAAUGUUCCUAGCUGGAUCAGCAUUGAUUCUCAGUCUAUCGUUUAUGAUAUAGUGUUUUAAUGAGAGUGCAAUAAACGGUAGUUAGCGUAAACAGGAGCUAGCACAAGACCAUUCAUCGCUAGCCUUUGCUUGCAAGUGUAUGGACUGAAAAUUUGAGUAAACUAAAAGAAGGUUCAAUAAAAACAGUGAAACGGUUGCACACCAACGAUAUGAUUUUACAAUUUGGUUGAACGUCUAAUGAGGAGCUGGAGGAUACAUUGUUGGCUUGUUUAUAAUCAACGGAAGUAAGUUUUUCCCAUCCACAUACUCGUCAUUAUGUCCGAAGCCAUACACUCGUUUCAGUCCCAGCUGUCCGGGGUCAUGGAGACCGUUUUCAAAGCUGCCAUGUUUGAGAUCACCAGGCUCGUGGAGGACAGUUUCGUGAAGGAAGUGUCCCGCAGUCGAGAGCAGGUGGAGACUCUGAAGAAGAGGCUGCAGUGGAGCGAGUGCAGAAGGAAAACCCAAGAGAUAAGCGUCAGGAGACUGAGGUGUGCAGAGUGUGACAAAGCCCGUGUAGGGAACGAUGAACGAGAAGAAGUGUCACCACAGUCAGAAAAUGAACGCAGCCUCAAGCAGGAGAGAGUUCCAGAUGGGAUCUGGGGAAGCUGUGAGUUGGAGACUGACACACUUAUGGGAAAAGAGAGAUUGGAAGAUCAAACCAGCCCCAGUAACAUAACAGAGACUGCUGGUACAGAGAACAGGAAACUAGACUGCAUAUUGAAAGAGGAGGCCCUCUAUGUCACUGCCGGUAAUAAGGAGCUUCAGGAUGGGUGGACACUGGACACUGAAGGAGCUGAGACGACGGAUUUCUCUGCUCACAGUUACAGUGAGCAAGAGCUGCAACAGAUUCAGGAAGACUGGGGCUCUGGACUUGAUCAGACUGCUGACAGUGAGACUUACGCAAAUAUCGUAGAUGUUCAGGGCUUGCCAUACCGAACACGUUACGAUGCAGAAGAGCUCGCGAGCUACAGCGUACAUGAACUGAACAUGGGAGACCUGGACGGUCUUGGAGAAAAAACUCAAGACACAUUGGAUCAUGCAGUAUCGGUUGCAGCUGGAACUGAUCAAAAGGACCUGGACGUAGUUGAGGAAGGUGGGAGACGUCACAGCUCUUCCAUUAGGAGUAAGAGAGGAAACAGAGGAUCUUUACCUGCACAAGUCAACCCUGAAACAGAAGACGUGGAUAGAGACAUGCACUGUUUACUUAUUAAUGCCGAUGGCCACUUGCAAGACAUGAGCGCUCUCACGGAAGUUCGCAGUGGGAUUGCAGAAGGUUCUGGAAAUAGAGGACACACACUUUACUCUGGAGACACAGCUAGUGGUGCACUUUAUAAGGGACAUGCAUUGAAUCACUCUCUGAAAUCUAAUGUUGGACAAGCAUUAGGUGACAGCAGGGCGUCUGUGAAAGUCUACCCAGUCUCCCAUCGAGUCGGUUCAAGUGCCGCAUACACUUGUAACCAGUGCGGUAAGAAGUUCACUCAGGCCUGCAACCUAAAAGUCCACCAGCGUGUCCACCAGCGGGAAGGUCUCCACUUGUGCAACCACUGUGGGAAAGGUUACUCGUCCUUCAGUGACCUGCGUAAGCACCGAUGCAGCCAGACCGGAGACAAACCCUACACCUGCACGCUUUGUGGGAACAAAUUCAGCCGACUAUGGAAUCUCAAGCUGCAUCAACGCAUUCACACGCAGGAGAAACCACACAAAUGCACUCUGUGCAGUAAGAGCUUUACCCGGGCUGACAUCUUGAAAGUCCAUCAACGUACCCAUACAGGAGAAAGACCAUACUGCUGUGGUAUCUGUGGACUGAGCUUCAAACGAAUGGACCAUCUCAGGUCACACCAGCGCAAACAUAGUGCUGACCUGAAUAAUCAAUGACAAAAAAAUGGACCUUACAAGGUUAUUUUGACUUUUAAAUUGUUGGAAGGCCAUAAAUCCUGACUGGACUUGUGUCCCAUAAAAUGUUACACUGUUACUGUAGAACCUUUCUCUGUAGUCAAGGUUUUCUGUAUAAUUUGAUUUUGUUUUUCUUAAAGGGAUAGUUUACCCAAAACUCACCCUUAUGUCAUUUAAAUCCUGUAUGACUUAUUCUGUGGAACAUAAAAGAACAUACAGGUGCAUCUCAAUAAAUUAGAAUG